AUUUAACCUUGAUUUCAUGACAAAUUUAAGCAAAGCUAAAGAUUUUGUGAGUUCUGUUUUUAUUUCUGUACCAUGUGGCAUUUUUUUUUCUUGUAAGCAGGACAUUCCAUUUCUAAGCCAGAUGUGGUUGACUUAUUGGAGCAAGGAAAAGAGCCCUGGAUGAUUUUGAGGGAAGAAACACAAAGACAGUACACAGAUUUGGAUUUACAUUGUGAGGUAAUCAGCUAUGUAGAAAUGCCCACUUAUGAGAAAGAUAUAUCUUCUGCACAACAUCAGAGCACAUACAACAGCGAGAAACUCUAUGAAUGUAAGAAAUGUCAGAAGAAAUUUAGUAGUGGCUAUCAAUUUAUUCUACAUCACAGGUUUCAUAUUGGUGGAAGACCCUAUGAAUGCAAGGACUGUGGGAAGAACUUUCGUAGUGGCUAUCAACUUACCCUACAUCAGAGAUUUCAUACUGGUGAGAAACCCUAUGAAUGUACAGAAUGCGGGAAGAACUUUAAAAGUGGUUAUCAACUUACUGUACAUCAGAGAUUUCAUACUGGUGAGAAAACCUAUGAAUGUAGGGAAUGUGGGAAGGCCUUUAUUUAUGCCUCACACAUUGUUCAGCAUGAGAGAAUCCACACUGGAGGGAGGCCUUAUGAAUGUCAGGAAUGUGGGAAGGCCUUUAGUCAAGGUGGACACCUUAGAAUUCAUCAAAGAAUUCAUACCGGUGAGAAACCCUAUAAAUGUCAAGAAUGUGGGAAGGCUUUUAGUAGGCGCUCAAACCUUGUUGAACAUGGGCAAAUCCAUACCGAUGAGAAACCUUAUGUAUGUGAGAAAUGUGGGAAGGCCUUUAAAAGAGGUCAUCAGCUUACUGUACAUCAGAGUGUUCAUACUGGUAAAAAACCAUAUGAAUGUAAAGAAUGUGGGAAGGGCUAUACCACUGCCUCAUACCUUAUUCUACAUCAGAGAAUUCAUAAAGGCGGGAAACCAUAUGAAUGUAAGGAAUGUAAGAAAACCUUUACCUUGUAUAGAAAUCUUACUCGACAUCAGCGUAUUCACACCGGUGAGAAACUUUUUGAAUGUAGGCAGUGUGGGAAGGCCUAUAGUACUGCCUCAAAACUUUUUCAACAUCAGAAAACUCACACUGGUGAGAAGCCCUAUGAAUGUAAGGAAUGUGGAAAGGCUUUUAGCUUAUAUGGAUACCUUCAUCAACAUCAGAAAAUUCAUACUGGUGUGAAACACUUUGAAUGUAAGGAGUGUAAAAAAACCUUUACUUUAUAUAGAAAUCUUACUCGACAUCAGAGUAUUCAUACUGGUAAGAAACUUUUUGAAUGUAAAGAAUGUGGGAAGGCCUAUAGUACUGCCUCAAAUCUUGUUCAACAUCAGAAAACUCAUACUGGUGAGAAACCCUAUGAAUGUAAAGAGUGUGGAAAGACCUUUAGCUUGCAUGGAUAUCUUAGUCAACAUCAGAAAAUCCAUACUGGUGUGAAACCCUAUGAGUGUAAGAUAUGUAGGAAAACCUUUACUUUCUAUAGAAACCUUACCCUACACCAGAGUAUUCAUACUGACGAGAAACCUUUUAAAUGUAAGGAAUGUGGGAAGACCUUUAGACGUAGUUCACACCUUACCGCACAUCAGAGUAUUCAUGCUGAUAAGAAACCCUAUGAAUGUAAGAAAUGUGGGAAGUCCUUUAAAAUGUAUGGAUAUCUUACACAACAUCAGAAAAUUCAUACUGGUGGGAAACCCUAUGACUGUAAGGAAUGUGGGAAGGCCUUUAGUCGUGCUUCAAACCUUGUUCAACAUGAGAGAAUUCAUACUGGUGAAAAACCCUAUGUGUGUAAAAAGUGUGGGAAAGCCUUCAGAUAUGGUUCAGCCCUUAAAGUACAUCAGGGAAUGCAUUCUAAGAACAUAGGAAUGUGACAAUGCCUUUAGGCAUGGCCCAGACUUUUUUAACAUCAGGCA